AUGGCGACUGCUGACGAUGCAGACGGACGACACCAUUAUCAUCAUUAUGAGCUGAGCUGCACACCAACAAUAACAACGACGACCACCAGCACAGAGUGGAAUUGCAGCAGUAGGAUGAUGAGGAAUAAGAAAGCUGCGCGGCGAGUGCGGGGCAUCAUGCAUCAUGCUGAGGUGGACGUGGUGGUGGUGGUGGUGGUGGUGUUGUUGUCGGCUCUGUCGUUCCUCUGCUGCCUCGCGUCGGGUGAGCCGUGUCCCUGGGCCCCGUCCCCUGCCACGGCUGCCCUCGAUGCAGCGUGUCUCUGUGCCCUCAACGCAGAGGACGAGGUGUCUGUGCAAUGCAGUGGCAGUGGCAGUGGCAGUAGUACUACUACUACUACUGGGGCACUGCAGCUCCUUGCCCUCGUUUCUGCUCUCAAGUCGGCCAAACUGGCCAAGGGAGUCGACCUGCUCUACCUCAACAACUCGAGCGUGUCCGUGCUCGAGGACGACUCGUUCCGCGGCCUGCGGAUCCGCAACAUCCAGCUGUCCAACUGCGGACUCGUCGGCGUGGCCAGCGGGGCCUUUGACGGACUGGAGGACUCGCUCAAGAACCUCAAUCUCCAGGGCAACUUGUUGGAAAGAGCCCCUGUCGACGCCCUCCGUCGCCUCCGACGCCUCUCGCUGCUCGACCUGAGUCGCAACCGCAUCUCCGUCCUGCCCGACGACGCCUUCGUGGCCCAGAGUCGCCUGCAGACCCUCAAGCUGGCCGACAACCUGGACGUCACCCUGGCCGACCACUCCCUGCGCGGACUGGAGGAGACUCUCAAGAACCUGAACCUCAAGGGCGCGGGUCUGCGAGGGGUUCCCAAGGCCCUUCAAAACCUGUCUGCACUCGCCUUCCUGGACCUGGCCCAGAAUGAGAUCCGGCAGGUGGAGCCCGGCGUGCUGCAGGGCCUGGACUCGCUCACUGCUCUCAACCUGGAGCGGAACCUGCUGCGCACCCUGGCCCCAGCCGGGUUCCAGGGCGUGGCCGACACGCUGUCGUCCCUGUCCCUGCUCAACAACCUCAUUGACGAGUACCCCGGGGAUGCCCUGCGCAGCUUGACCGAGUUGAGGCAUGCAGUCCUUGAUGUUGGCGGCUGUAUGCUGUACGACGACGAUGAGGACGAGGAGGAGAGGGCUUUUCCAGCAGUGCUCAACAGGUCAAGCGUGCUGGAGCCCGUUCCUGUUGGAAACGAAAUGACCUGUCGGUCGAACAGAGAUGAAUGA